AAGAAAACCCUAGCCCCCUUUCUCUUCUCCGUCUCUUCGCUUUUCUCUCCGGCACUGAGCGACGUGCCUCUCGAGCUGCCAAUUCAAAAAGGCUUGAGCUUAAGGAGAAAAAAAUGGUGAGAAUCAGUGUACUCAACGAUGCUCUCAAGAGCAUGUUCAAUGCGGAGAAACGAGGCAAGAGGCAGGUCAUGAUCAGGCCCUCCUCAAAAGUCAUCAUCAAGUUCCUCAUCGUCAUGCAGAAGCACGGCUACAUUGGUGAGUUUGAGUAUGUCGAUGACCAUCGCUCCGGAAAAAUCGUUGUGGAGUUGAACGGGAGGUUGAACAAAUGUGGCGUUAUCAGCCCUCGUUUUGAUGUUGGUGUUAAGGAGAUUGAAGGUUGGACUGCUCGUCUGCUUCCUUCCAGACAGUUUGGGUACAUUGUGUUGACUACUUCAGCUGGGAUUAUGGACCAUGAAGAAGCCAGGAGAAAGAAUGUCGGAGGCAAGGUCCUCGGUUUCUUCUAUUGAAAACCUCUAUAUGGGGAAAGACUUCAUCAUUUUAAACUUUUUGUCAUCAUUUUCUUUGAAACUUUCUGUCUUUUGAAUUUUUUGUGGUAAUUUUGUUGGAUAGUUUUUGACUACAUUAAGUACUUCCAUUAUCCUUAAUUAUUCUAUCCAAAAAGCCUCCUAUGUGUUGUGUA